AGGGGACGGACGGACGGACGUGCGUUCACCGUGACGUGUGUUGCUUCCUCCCGACUGUCAUAUGACUUCUCUGGGAUUCAGGACUUCAGUCUGAAACCUCCCGUCCGAGGAGAGGCGAGCAGGGAUCAGCGAACAAAGCGGUCCGUCGUAACACUAGAACGCCUGACUGGAACAAGACUAGCCAGACAAUAAGCAGCGACGUGAUUUCAUUUCCCUGGCAUGUCACAGAAAACCCUCAGCGAUUUCGGAUCAGACGCCAAACCGUCCGCCGAGAACCGGACACCCAGGGUGUAACCGACGCGCCUCACUUUCGCAUGUCCAGCAGCAAGCACCAUGACCCCCCGCUGCGCCGCCUAACCAGCCCCAUGGGGGACGGGGAGAAGAAAGCGACCGACGAUGGAGAACGUAGCCUCAUCAGCCCCCAACUGGAUGGAGUCCCGGUCACCGCUUAUGGUACCGACCUCCAGGACCCGGACGCAGCCCGACCCCCUACGCCGGGGUUCGUGUACGUAUUGACGUUCUUCUCCGCCCUCGGGGGCUUCAUCUUCGGCUACGACACGGGGGUGGUGUCCGGGGCCAUGCUGCUGUUGAAGAGAGAGAUGCACCUGGACGCCCUUUGGCAGGAGCUGGUGGUGUCGAGCACCGUGGGGGCCGCGGCGCUCUCCGCCCUAAUGGGGGGUUUCCUGAACGGGGUGUUUGGCCGCCGGAUCUGCAUCCUGUUGGCCAGCGGCAUCUUCAGCGUCGGCGGAGUUGUCCUGGGCACCGCGCCGGAUAAGAUUACCCUUCUCCUAGGAAGGGUCAUCGUUGGCUUGGGUAUAGGGCUGGCCUCCAUGACGGUCCCGGUGUACAUCGCGGAGGUGGCCCCCCCCCACCUCAGGGGCCAGCUGGUCACCCUCAACCAGCUCUUCAUCACCGGGGGCCAGUUCAGCGCCAGCAUGGUGGACGGGGCCUUCAGCUACUUGGAGAAGGACGGCUGGAGGUACAUGCUGGGUCUGUCGGUGGUCCCGGCCCUGCUCCAGUUCGGGGGGUUCCUUUUCCUCCCAGAGAGCCCCCGCUGGCUGCUGCAGAAGGGGCGGGGCCAGGAGGGCCGCGUGGUGCUGCAGCGAAUCAGAGGGGGGCGGGGCGUUGACCAGGAGUACGACACCAUCAGGACCAGCGUGGAGGAGGAGGAGAAGCAAGCGGGCGGAGGGGGACUGGUGAUCUGGCGUAUCCUAUGCCACGCCCCCACACGCCGGGCCCUGGUGGUAGGGUGUGGGAUGCAGAUGUUCCAGCAGCUGUGCGGGGUCAACACUAUCAUGUACUACAGCGCCACCAUCCUGCAGAUGGCGGGGGUGCGAGACAUCAAGCAGGCCAUCUGGUUGUCCGCGGCAACCGCGGCCACCAACUUCCUGUUCACGCUGGUGGGGGUGUGGCUUGUGGAGCGGAUGGGCCGGCGCCGGCUGUCCCUGUGGAGCAUGCUGGGUACGGCCCUCAGUCUGGGAGUGCUGGCCCUGGGUUUCCUGCUCACCGCUGAGAACUCGCCUCCAGUCACCUCCCAACCGCUCAACCUGCCCAACAACACCUGCACCCACUAUGGGACCUGUGAGGCCUGCAUGCUGGACCCGGUCUGCGGGUUCUGCUACCGGGAGAACUCCACCUCCCUGUACGCCUCCACCUGCCUUCCUGCUGACCCCGCCUCCUCGGACCAGGCCGCCUGGGGCAGCUGCUCCAACCAGACAGCAGGGGGCGACGGAUCCUUCUGGGCCUACAACUACUGCCCCACGUCCUACUCCUGGGUAGUCCUGCUGGGCCUCAUCCUGUACCUGGCCUCCUUCGCCCCAGGCAUGGGCCCCAUGCCGUGGACGGUGAACUCUGAGAUCUACCCCCUGUGGGCGCGCAGCACGGGCAACGCCGCCUCAGCCGGGGUCAACUGGAUCUGCAACGUCCUGGUGUCCCUCAGCUUCCUGCACAUGGCCCAGGCCCUCACCUACUACGGAGCCUUCACAGUGUACGCGGUGGUCUCCCUGCUGGGGGUGCUCUUCCUCCUGGGCUGCCUGCCCGAGACGCAGGGCCUGCCCCUGGAGGAGAUGGAGGUCCUGUUCACCGGCCCGCUCUGCUCCGGCGGCGGAGGCGGAGGCGUCCGCUACACCCGGGUAACGAGCAGCGACCGGCCGCCCUCCUCGGACAAGGAGCAGUCGGACACGGACUAGACCUGGACUAGACCUGGACUAGACCUGGACUAGACCGGGACUAGGCCUGGACUAGGCUGCUGGUGGAGGGGCGCGCUCUGGUUUCUACUCUGUGCCUUCUAUCUGUUUUGUUUUUUGUUGUUUUGGGAAAAACGUUUUAAAGUGAUGGACCACAGAAUUCCUUCCUGUUCCUUCAAGCCGAUGGACCAAUCACGUCACAGCGACGGCACAGCUAAAUGAAGCAUCAGACUUUGAGGGGGAGGGGAGAAUUCAGGCCAGAAAAUCCUACACUUUUACGGGUAUAUUUUUUCAAUUUCCAAGGUAUUCUGUGAAUAAUAUCCAGGUCCCAUCACUUUAACGAGUCGGCUAAUCAUGGCUGUAGAAGGGUGAGAGACACAAGUUGAUUACAAUUGAGUAUUUAUUUAUUCAAUGUCUUAAUUCAUUCCAAUGGUGACAUGAAACUAACAAUCAAUCAAAGUUUGAUUUCGAUAUUAAUUUGUUCAUACCUCUAACACCCUGUUGUUGUUGGUUUCAUGUGUUUCAUAAGCGGUGGACAUUAUGUUGGAGGACCACAGGUGUUCAGGAGGUCUUUCUUGGUGAUGAUGAACUUUACAAACUGGGAUCCAAGCUUCCUCUCCUCCGUGUUCUACCUCUCCUCCUUAUUCCAUCAAAAAUUGGUGUUUUGGAAACGUAAGACCACCUGGUCCUAACCGGGCUGGCACCAUGUGGACUGGGUAGACCCUGCUGUGGGUCCACCAGGGUCCUGGUCCUAACCGGGCUGGCACCAUGUGGACUGGGUAGACCCUGCUGUGGGUCCACCAGGGUCCUGGUCCUAACCGGGCUGGCACCAUGUGGACUGGGUAGACCCUGCUGUGGGUCCACCAGGGUCCUGGUCCUAACCGGGCUGGUACCAUGUGGACUGGGUAGACCCUGCUGUGGGACCAUCAGGGACGGGGUCUCACUCUGCCUAACAGCCUCAUUUUGAAACGUCUGAACCCUUCGUUUUAGCCCGACCUGUCCGAGCCAGGUGUGGCUCCGUCCGGAGCGGUGGGGUUUGACGGGUCCGUCGCCUACAUCACCCUCCGAUAGGGUGAUGCUCAGCUGCAGAAGACCCCCCCCCCCUCCCAGGACCUUCUCUGAGGAGGUCUACACCAGGUCUCUUCAUCGGCUGAAUAGUGCAGGUGUACUUCUUCUUUCAUCACUUUUCUUCUCCUGACAGAACUGGUUCUGUCCUGUUUGAUGGUACGGCCAAUAUUUGCCGUGUGCAUCUUGAGGGACAAAGAGCGCCUGAGCUUCUGAGUGGGACCAGAAGGUCUGAACCUCCCUCGACCCACACAUGGCCUCCACAGGUCUCAGCAUGUCCUGGGUUCUGGGUUCAGCGCUCGGCCACCAGAAGACCGGAGGGGCCGGAGACUCUCUCUGCUCCAGAGGGAACCUGAACUUGGUUCUUGAACAAGGACAAUGUCUUUGCACUUUAACACUUAUGGUGGCCUUGUAUUUAUAUUUAUACUCCUCUUGAACUGUCGUUUGUUUUAUCACUGUCAUUGUUCGUAUGUUAACUUACAAUUAAUAAUUAUAGAAGUACUUGAAAUAACUUAUAAUGCUUACUAAUUCUGUAUGGUAUCUUGGUGUAGGGGGAUAUUCUCACUGCCUGGUUUUGGUUCCAAUGUUGGAUCAAUGGCACAACUUUUCAUAUGAUUAUGAUAUCAUUAUCCAGAUAUUGUAACUUAUUCUUCCAAAUAAAAAUGAUGAUCCAAAACUACAA